CACUCACUCUUUUCCUCUUUUUCUCCGGAAAAAGUUAUCUUAGACCGAUCAGAUAACCGGAUCUCGGCAGAAGUGGUGACCCGGCGCCCCCGUUCCGGGCAUCAGCGCAUGAGGGAUUUGCCAGCGUUGAUUCUGACGGGUCCCUUUCUUCUGCUAAAUUGUCGCAAACCCACCCGCUAACUAUUCUCCCUUAUCCCGGGCCUCGACCACUGGGAAUCUUACAAGCGAUGCGCACUUAAAUUAUUAUUUCUUGAUUAUUGAGUUCACCCUGCGUGGAUCGGGCACAACCAGACAAACCCCUCAUCGGCACACCGCCCCUCCACAAGGGGAAACCGACCAUAAAAGACUUCCUUUCCUCCGCCAGCAGACAGGAUCGAUACGAUGUUCUACCGAUAGACUCCUAAAUUUCCUUCUCCCCCUUCUUCUCUUCGCUUCGCUUCCCUCAUCUUGGUACGAUUGUCUACAUACCUGUUACUUCCUCCUAGACCAAUCCAAGAGUCCGGACACUCUCGGCCUCGAUGGCGACCACUGAACAUGCGAUAGCAAUCAGUAAUGACAUGUCGAUGGAACUCCCUACCCUUCCCCCUAACCAGGGCCUUGAAGCUCUGAAGGAUGUGGUGUUUGGUUCGGCCGCUGGCAUGGCAGGCAAGGUCAUAGAGUACCCCUUCGACACCGUCAAAGUACGACUACAAUCACAACCGGAUCAUCUCCCCCUGCGAUACAACGGCCCUCUGGAUUGUUUCCGUCAAUCGAUUCAAGCCGAUGGAUUCCGUGGACUAUACCGGGGCAUAAGUGCCCCCAUGGCGGGUGCCGCUAUAGAAAACAGCUGCCUCUUCUGGAGCUAUCGCAUGAUUCAAGACAUACUCAGGGCAACUUGCUACAGCUCGACGGACCCGCUGCCUUUCUCCGCUUUGCUGUUUAGUGGAGCUGCGUCGGGCUCCAUCACCUCGCUUGCGUUGACACCCGUCGAACUCAUCAAAUGUAAGAUGCAGGUUCCUGUGGAGGGCACAGGCGGUCAAGCGCCUAGACCGCUCACUCUUAUUGCGUCUAUAUUCCGCCAAGACGGUAUCAUGGGGUUCUGGCGCGGUCAGAUGGGAACCCUCAUUCGCGAAACAGGCGGAGGCGCUGCCUGGUUUGGCGGCUACGAGGGGGUAUCUGCCAUGUUCCGCGCAUACUCAGUGCCGCCUUCAAAAGGUGAACUGUCCGAAACGGACGAGGCGCGUCUUCCACUGUAUCAACAAAUGAUCGCGGGCGCAGCGGCAGGGAUCAGCUACAACUUUCUGUUCUAUCCUGCCGAUACAAUCAAGUCUCGGAUGCAAACGGAAGACAUCACCCGUUCCACGAUCAACGGGAAGCGACAAACCUUUUGGGGCGCUGCCAGGUCUCUCUGGAACCAGCAAGGAAUCCGAGCCUUGUAUCGAGGCUGCGGGAUAACAUGCGCACGAUCGGCACCAAGCUCAGCAUUCAUCUUCACCGUAUAUGAAGGCUUGCGGAAUUACUUCGGAUGACCUUUUCCUUUUGCACAAAUUUGUUUUACCCUGUCUCCAUCUUCCAUGUUCCUCUCUUUUUGGUUUUUUGUUAUGAGAUACCUAUUGUUUUUGCGUUAGAUAUAGAUUUCGCUUUUGUUUCAUUUCUUCAUUGAAUCUCCUACUUUGGUUUAAGACUUAUUUGGGAAAGAAUUCAUGUUCUCGGCAUUUUUUCGUUUGCGUAGAGGUCUUGUCCGUCGGAACUUGAGAUAGGAGGAGUGCGAUGCGGGGAAAAAGUUUUGGGCUAGCGAAUUAUCGCUGUACAUAAAUAGAUAAGGAAUCUUCCUUGGGACUUUACCUAC